CCCUCUCUGUCCUCCAUCCCUUGUUGGAUGUUGCCCACUCUUUAAGGAAGGAUGGUUGAUCUGGAGAGCGAAGUGCCCCCUCUGCCUCCCAGGUACAGAUUCCGGGAUUUGCUGCUAGGGGACCAAGGCUGGCAAAAUGAUGACAGGGUCCAAGUUGAAUUCUACAUGAACGAAAACACAUUUAAAGAGAGAUUAAAAUUGUUUUUCAUAAAAAACCAGCGAUCAAGUCUAAGAAUACGCUUGUUCAACUUUUCCCUCAAAUUGUUAAGCUGCUUACUAUACAUUAUCCGCGUGUUGCUUGAGAAACCUUCACAGGGAAAUGAAUGGUCUCACAUAUUUUGGGUUAACCGAAGUCUACCUUUAUGGGGUUUACAGGUCUCGGUGGCGUUGAUAAGUCUAUUUGAAACAAUACUUCUUGGUUAUCUCAGUUAUAAGGGAAAUAUCUGGGAACAGAUUUUACGAAUUCCAUUCAUCUUGGAAAUAAUCAAUGCAGUCCCCUUCAUCAUCUCUAUAUUCUGGCCUACUUUGAGAAAUCUAUUUGUUCCAGUUUUUCUAAAUUGUUGGCUUGCCAAACAUGCCUUGGAAAAUAUGAUUAAUGAUCUUCAUAGAGCCAUUCAGCGUACACAGUCUGCAAUGUUUAAUCAAGUUUUGAUUUUGAUAUCUACAUUACUAUGCCUUAUUUUUACUUGCAUUUGUGGAAUUCAGCAUCUUGAACGAAUUGGCAAGAAACUCAAUCUCUUUGAUUCCCUUUAUUUCUGCAUUGUGACAUUUUCAACUGUGGGCUUUGGGGAUGUCACCCCUGAAACAUGGUCUUCCAAGCUUUUUGUCGUUGCUAUGAUCUGUGUUGCCCUUGUAGUUCUCCCUAUACAGUUUGAACAGUUGGCCUAUUUGUGGAUGGAGAGACAAAAGUCGGGAGGAAACUAUAGUCGACACAGAGCUCAGACUGAGAAGCAUGUUGUCCUAUGUGUCAGCUCAUUGAAGAUUGACUUACUUAUGGAUUUUUUAAAUGAAUUCUAUGCCCAUCCAAGACUACAGGAUUAUUAUGUGGUGAUUUUGUGUCCCACGGAGAUGGAUGUGCAAGUUCGGAGGGUGUUACAGAUUCCAAUGUGGUCCCAAAGAGUGAUCUACCUUCAAGGCUCUGCCCUUAAAGAUCAGGAUCUCCUGAGAGCAAAGAUGGACAAUGCUGAGGCCUGUUUUAUUUUGAGUAGCCGCUGCGAAGUGGAUAGAACAUCUUCUGAUCACCAAACAAUUUUGAGAGCAUGGGCUGUGAAAGAUUUUGCCCCAAAUUGUCCUCUGUAUGUUCAGAUAUUAAAACCAGAAAACAAAUUCCACAUCAAAUUUGCAGAUCAUGUUGUUUGUGAAGAAGAGUUUAAAUACGCCAUGUUAGCUUUAAACUGUAUAUGCCCAGCAACAUCUACACUCAUUACACUACUGGUUCAUACCUCUAGAGGGCAAGAAGGGCAGCAGUCACCUGAACAGUGGCAGAAGACGUACGGGAGGUGCUCAGGAAAUGAAGUCUAUCAUAUCGUUUUGGAAGAAAGUACAUUUUUUGCUGAAUAUGAAGGGAAGAGCUUUACCUAUGCUUCUUUCCAUGCACACAAAAAGUUUGGUGUCUGCUUGGUUGGUGUUAGGAGGGAGGAUAAUAAAAACAUUUUGCUGAAUCCAGGUCCUCGAUACAUUAUGAAUGCUUCAGACAUAUGUUUUUAUAUUAAUAUUACCAAAGAAGAAAACUCAGCAUUUAAGAAUCAAGACCAACAAAGAAACAGUAAUGUGUCGAGGUCAUUUUAUCAUGGGCCUUCCAGAUUACCUGUCCACAGCAUCAUCGCCAGCAUGGGUACUGUGGCUAUAGACUUGCAAGACACAAGCUGUAGAGCAGCAAGUGGCCCUACCCUGGCUCUUCCUUCAGAGGGAGGCAAAGAAUUAAGAAGACCUAGCAUUGCUCCUGUUUUAGAGGUGGCAGAUACAUCAUCCAUUCAAACAUGUGAUCUUCUAAGUGACCAGUCAGAAGAUGAAACUACACCAGAUGAAGAAACAUCUUCAAAUUUAGAGUAUGCCAAAGGCUACCCACCUUAUUCCCCAUACAUAGGAAGUUCACCUACUUUUUGUCAUCUACUUCAAGAAAAAGUGCCCUUUUGCUGCUUAAGAUUAGACAAGAGUUGCCAGCAUAACUACUAUGAGGACGCAAAAGCCUAUGGAUUCAAAAAUAAGCUAAUUAUAGUUGCAGCUGAAACAGCUGGAAAUGGAUUAUAUAAUUUUAUUGUACCUCUCAGGGCAUAUUAUAGACCAAAGAAAGAAUUAAAUCCCAUAGUUCUGCUAUUGGAUAACCCGCCAGAUAUGCAUUUUCUGGAUGCAAUCUGUUGGUUUCCAAUGGUUUACUACAUGGUGGGCUCUAUUGACAACCUAGAUGAUUUGCUCAGGUGUGGAGUGACCUUUGCUGCCAACAUGGUAGUUGUGGACAAAGAAAGCACCAUGAGUGCAGAGGAAGACUACAUGGCAGAUGCCAAGACAAUUGUGAAUGUGCAGACUCUUUUCAGGUUGUUCUCAAGUCUCAGUAUUAUCACUGAGCUUACUCACCCAGCAAAUAUGAGAUUCAUGCAAUUCAGAGCCAAGGAUUGUUACUCUCUUGCACUUUCAAAACUGGAAAAGAAAGAGAGAGAGCGAGGUUCUAACCUGGCCUUUAUGUUUCGACUGCCGUUUGCUGCGGGAAGAGUAUUCAGCAUCAGUAUGUUGGACACGCUUCUUUAUCAGUCAUUUGUGAAAGAUUAUAUGAUUUCUAUCACCAGACUUCUUUUGGGACUGGAUACCAUACCAGGAUCGGGGUUUCUUUGUUCUAUGAAAAUCACUGAAGAUGACUUGUGGAUCAGAACAUAUGCCAGACUCUAUCAGAAGUUGUGUUCUUCUACUGGAGAUGUUCCCAUUGGGAUCUACAGAACAGAAUCUCAGAAACUAACUACAUCUGAGUCUCAAAUAUCCAUCAGUGUGGAAGAGUGGGAAGACACCAAAGAUGUCAAAGAUCCAGGGCACCACCGCAGCAUUCACCGCAACUCCACAUCUAGUGACCAGUCCGACCAUCCCUUGUUGAGGAGGAAGAGCAUGCAGUGGGCCCGAAGGCUGAGCAGAAAAGGGCCAAAACACUCUGGUAAAACUGCAGAAAAAAUAACUCAGCAGCGACUGAACCUCUACAGGAGGUCCGAAAGACAGGAGCUCGCUGAACUUGUGAAAAACAGAAUGAAACAUCUGGGCCUCUCUACGGUGGGCUACGAUGAAAUGAAUGAUCAUCAGAGCACUCUUUCCUACAUCCUGAUUAAUCCGUCUCCAGACACUAGGCUUGAGCUGAAUGAUGUUGUAUAUUUAAUCCGACCAGAUCCAUUGUCCUACCUUCCAAACAGUGAACCCAGUAGGAAAAACAGCAUCUGCAAUGCCGCUGUUCAAGAUUCUCGGGAGGAAACUCAACUCUGAUGAAAAGAAAAUAAGAGACAUUAUAUUCCUUACAGGGAUUGUGCUUAAAA